AGCAGCAGGAAGGAUGCACUUUGAGCCCUGCACAGACCAAACAAACAUUUUACAAGAUUUCUGCAUUUAUUCACAACGUAGUUGUCUUUGAGUGAAUACAACAUGGAAAAAGAAAACCUGUCCGUGGUGUUGCAUUCCCAGGGUGACCUCAGACUGGAACAACGACCCAUCCCUGAACCAGGUCCAAAUGAGGUGUUGCUUCAGAUGCAUUCAGUUGGGAUCUGUGGGUCGGAUGUGCACUACUGGCAAAAUGGACGCAUAGGUGACUUUGUGGUAAAGAAGCCCAUGGUGCUGGGGCAUGAGGCCGCUGGUCGGGUGGUGAAGGUGGGCUCAGCGGUGAAGAACCUCAAAGAAGGGGAUAGAGUCGCCGUAGAGCCAGGUGUCCCUCGCGAGAUGGAUGAGUUCUUCAAAUCAGGAAACUACAAUCUUUCCCCCACCAUCUUCUUCUGUGCCACACCGCCUGACGAUGGGAAUUUGUGCAGAUUUUACAAACACAGCGCCAACUUCUGUUACAAGCUGCCUGACAAUGUGACAUAUGAGGAAGGGGCUCUGAUUGAGCCGCUGUCUGUGGGUAUUCACGCCUGCCGCAGAGCUGGAGUGACCCUGGGCAGUAGUGUACUUAUCUGUGGGGCAGGACCAAUUGGGCUGGUCUGUCUGCUGGUGGCCAAGGCUAUGGGUGCCUCACAGGUGGUCAUAUCUGACCUGUCAGCAGAUCGCCUGGUCAUGGCGAAGGAGCUGGGAGCAGACUUCCCUCUGACUGUGAAGAGAGGGGAUGGGCCUGAGGAGCUGGCUAAGAGAGUGGAGGGACUGCUGGGAGCACAGCCUCAUAUCACCAUUGAGUGCACCGGUGUGGAGAGCAGUGUCCAAACUGCCAUUUAUGCUACACGUCCUGGAGGAGUGGUGGUUCUAGUGGGGUUGGGUGCAGCGAUGACCACUAUCCCACUGCUUAAUGCUGCUCUCAGAGAGGUGGACAUCAGAGGGGUCUUCCGCUACUGCAACACCUGGCCAAUGGCUAUAGCGAUGCUGGCCUCUAAGAAGGUGAACGUGGCGCCCCUGGUGACCCACCGGUUCCCCCUGGAGCAGGCUGUGCAGGCCUUCGAGACCACACGCAAAGGACAAGGGGUCAAGAUCAUGCUCAAGUGUGACAAGACUGACCAGAACCCCUGAGAGGACUGGGAACACCAGGACCAAUAAGAGAGCCAGUCUAGACAACCACAGCAGCUUUCUCUUUCAUCAUGUGAUUUCAAGUUGCUUUUGAGUGGGAUUGCUUGAUUACCAUAUUUGUAUAAGAUGACGCAACACUGUUAAAUAGAGCCUUUGAAUCUU